UGCGCGCUGCUGCUGAGUCGUCUCCCGCCCGGUCUCUCCCUCCCUCCUCUCUUUUCUCUCUCUCUCUCGCUCUUCUUCUGCUUAGCGGCGGCGAGUCGCGGGCUGAGGCGAGGCGGGCGCGGGCCUCCGCCAGCUAUGGACCUGGAGGCGUCCGACGAGACGGGCUCCGCUGGAGGAGCCGAAGCGGGAGGAGCCGGAGCCGUCACCCCCGAAGCGGGCGGUUGGGGGGCACCGCUGGACUCGGCGGCAGGAGGAGGGCUGGCUUUGAAGAAGGCCGUUCUAACAGAG